AUGGAUGGUGAGAACAGUUGCGAUGCUGGCUUGACCUUAAUACAGGAAACAAGCAGAGAACAACUGGAAGAUUUUGAUCAGCUUCAGGCAGAAAUUAAAAAACGUACUACGCAGAUGAAUACGCUGCACCAGCGAUUUGCUUUUUUGCAAAUUCAAACAUUGUUGGAUACUAAAAAAGAUGAUUUUAUUAAGAAACAAAUUCAGCACACGUGUGCUCAGUACACGGAAUUGAAUGCUGCAUCUAUGCUCACCGAAAUAACUCGACUUCGGCACCACAUUAUCUUGUAUAAAGAGGUCAAUCCUGAUGUGCAGGUUGCAAACUGGUCAGCUUUAGAUUUGCUUCGCUAG